GGACGACGGCCGGGAUGGGCCGCCGAUUGCGGAAAUCCUGAGGAGAAACGGGCCCGACCCGACCGGAUCGGACCGGAUCGGACCGGACCGCCGACCCUCCGACGACCCUCCGACCCGCCGACCCCCCCACCGACCCCCGGUUGGUAGCCGGACCGGAGGAGGGACCCGGCCCCGAGCCCCACCCGCCCGUCGCCAUGGCAUCGCCGUCCUCCAACCUCCAGAAAGCAAUAGACCUCGCCAGCAAAGCAGCACAAGAAGACAAAGCGGGGAACUACGAUGAAGCCCUCCGGCUAUACCAGCAUGCUGUGCAAUAUUUCCUCCACGUCGUUAAGUAUGAAGCACAGGGUGACAAAGCCAAGCAAAGUAUCAGGGCAAAAUGCACAGAGUAUCUCGAUAGAGCUGAGAAACUGAAGGAGCACCUGAAGAAGAAGGAGAAAACUCCAAAGAAGCCAGUGAAGGAGGAACAACCCAGCACAGCUGAUGAGAAAGAGAACGACAGUGAUGGGGAAGGAGAAUCUGAUGACCCCGAAAAGAAGAAGUUGCAGAAUCAACUUCAAGGUGCCAUUGUUAUGGAGCGACCAAAUGUGAAAUGGAGUGAUGUCGCAGGUCUCGAGGGAGCCAAAGAAGCGCUUAAAGAGGCUGUGAUAUUGCCCAUUAAGUUCCCUCAUCUCUUUACAGGGAAGAGAACUCCGUGGCGGGGGAUCCUCUUGUUUGGACCACCUGGAACUGGAAAAUCUUACUUAGCCAAAGCCGUAGCAACCGAAGCCAACAACUCUACUUUUUUUUCAGUAUCAUCCUCCGACCUUGUCUCAAAGUGGCUGGGAGAAAGCGAAAAGCUGGUCAAGAAUUUAUUCCAGCUUGCCAGGGAGAACAAGCCUUCCAUCAUUUUCAUCGACGAGAUCGAUUCUUUGUGCGGCUCAAGAAGUGAGAAUGAAAGUGAGGCUGCCAGGAGAAUUAAGACCGAGUUCCUGGUUCAAAUGCAAGGUGUCGGGGUGGACAACGAUGGAAUUUUGGUUCUGGGAGCCACUAAUAUCCCCUGGGUCCUGGAUUCUGCCAUCAGAAGGAGAUUUGAGAAGCGAAUUCAUAUUCCUCUGCCUGAAGACCACGCGCGGGCAGCCAUGUUUAAACUGCACCUGGGAACUACUCAGAACAGCCUGACAGAAGCAGACUUCCGAGAAUUAGGGCAGAAGUCACAAGGUUUUUCUGGUGCCGACAUCAGCAUCAUUGUGCGAGAUGCGUUGAUGCAGCCUGUGAGGAAAGUUCAGUCGGCCACUCACUUCAAAAAGGUCCGAGGGCCCUCACCCGCUGACCCUAAUACCGUGGUAGAAGAUAUGCUCACCCCGUGUUCCCCGGGUGACCCUGAUGCCAUCGAAAUGACGUGGAUGGAUGUCCCCGGGGAUAAGCUUUUGGAGCCGGUGGUUUCCAUGUCUGAUAUGCUGCGGUCAUUAGGGAACACAAAACCCACAGUAAAUGAACAAGACCUGUUAAAAAUACACAAGUUUACAGAAGACUUUGGCCAAGAGGGGUAAACCAGAGAAAAUGGGGAAGCAGCGACCUUGGUCUUUCUCUCUUGGGUAUUCAUGCCUCUAUUGAUGGCACAAGGGUAAUUGCCAACGGGGAAAAAAAAAAAAAUCAUUCCUUUCUUUCCACAGACAAGGGGGCGAUAUCAAUCCUCAGAGUUUCUCUAGCUUUUAUAUUGUAUUUCCCUCAAAUAUCUAUUAAAUUUCUCCUAUUGAAAAGAAACUUCACAAGAUGGAGUGCUGUUUUAGAAUCAUACGGGGCAGCGUAGCAAACGGGAAAUGUUCCAGAUCUUCUUUAAGCUCAGAUGUUUUCUGAAGACAGAAAUUCCAAUGACUUUCAUAUGCCCCAGGUCUGACAUAAAGCAAUUAUCAUCUCCUCAGACCCAAUGGAAUUAAAGCUGCUUUUAUAUCUUGGAGAGGAGAACUGUGUAACAGACCCACAUGUAUUGUCCAAGUGAUUUGAUCUGCCUGUGAGCAUAAUUGUUUCCUUUUGUUCAACCCUAAUCAAGAGGAUGGGAAGAAGAAAUCAGCAGUGCCAGUGAUAAGGCCGUAAGGAAGCCAAGGGCCCGGAGACUGGGUUCGGACUCAGCGUGGGCGGCCUUGGCCAGGGGUGGCAGGGUGGGGGGUUGAGGGGUCGCCUCCUGCCAGAGGUUUGGCCUCCUGGGAUUCUCGGGGAGCAUUGCCUUAAAAAAGCAGCAAGUUUUCCUUUGUAAGCUAGGUCAUAGAAACCUGCCACUGUGCUAUCUGGAGGAAGAGCUGCUCUAAACGUGGCACGCGCUCUCCCUCGGAGAUCAGACUUUGUCCCGGUGUCUCUUUCUGUUAGCAAAUCUGAACAAAGGCAUGACAGACGGGCCAAUAGUUGGAGAUACUGGGUCAUGAAAUACUGUAACAGGAAGCUUUACAACUGGGCUUGGGAGGGUGGCGGAGGAGGCAUGCCCACGUACAUUGGAUUUUUUUCCCUUCAUCCCCCCCCACCCCCCCCCCACUUUCCUCGUCUGCCUGGGAAUUGAAGGCAGAAUUCGCCCAGGCCAAAUCCCUUCUCGCAUCUUCUUGCCCCUCGAUAUCAGAUGCUGUGCUUCAUGGGGGUUGGGAAUGGGGAUAAUGUGUCCCGAGUGAAUAAAGCCUCAAAGUGGCAUUGGGUUAUUUCCAGUAACCUUCUAGGGCGUGUGCAUUCUCUGGAGGGUAUUUUCCAACACAUUAGCAUCAGCAUUGAGUUGUGCCUUGUCAGUUUGCAUUGGCUGGAGAUGUUGAGGAGCUCGAGGUCUUUAGCAUGCAAUACAUUCCAUCAUUCUCUACUCUGCAGUUCUGGCUGCAGAUGCUUUUGUUUAGGGUCACUUGCAUUACAAAGGAUUUUUGCACAUUUCAAAUGUUCUUCUAAAUGGUGACCUUGUCUUUUCUGUACAUAUUUUGUGUCUUUUCCUUUAUACAAGUCUUAGGACUGGUGAAAAGUGCUGUUCUUACCUGAAGUAAAAAUGUCCUAAUACAA